UCGGGGCACUUCUGGUUUAUGGAACGCAUUAACUUCCUAUCGAACACACCGUGUGGACCGCAUACGCUUGCUGAUCAGUUCUGCAAUGCCAUCGGAGUGCUGCAACAGUGUGCCCCUCCAGCAUCGUUUAAUAACAUCCAAACGACAAUAAACAAGGAUCAGCCGCCCAACCCCACAGAAGAGUAUGCCCAGCUGUUUGCAGCUCUCAUUGCCCGGACAGCAAAAGACAUUGAUGUUCUUAUUGAUUCUCUGCCCAGCGAGGAAUCCACAGCAGCAUUACAGGCUGCCAGUCUGUACCAGCUAGAAGAGGAGAACCAUGCCGCUGCAGCUCGCCUGGAGGAGGUGGUCUACCGAGGGGACAUGUUGCUGGAAAAGAUCCAAUCUGCUCUGGCUGACAUCGCUCAGUCCCAACUGAAGACCCGAAGCUGCAUCCUCACUCAGCCACUUCCAGAGAGCUAA